UGCUCCUUGGAGUCAUUUUAACGAUAGCCAAAUUUUGAGAAGUGACAGAGACAUAUAUGGAGCUGCUUGAAGAUGAAUUCAAGGACUUUCCUGACGAUUCUUGCCAUGCGUUGGAGAUGGCCUAAUGUCGUGCUAUCCCCAUCCCUAUCCUGCUUUAGUCUUCACGCAAAAUCGUUGGGCGGAUCGAGGGUUUCAGAGACAGAGACGGACGACCUAACGCUUGGAUCGCCAUGUACACGUUAGAGAAGCGCGGAAGCAUCUUCUUCUUGACCCUCACCGGCGGCGACGAGGAGCACCGCCUGAACCCUAGCCUCAUAGCAUCGAUCCGAUCAGCUCUGUGCGAAGUGCGUCAGCAGUCCACUCGCGGCUCGGUUCUCAUCACCACCGCCAGCGGCAAGUUCUUCUCCAACGGCUUCGACUUGGCGUGGGCACAAGCCGCCGGAUCCACCGCUGCAGCCAAGGACCGAGUCUCGCACAUGGUACGACUGUUCAAGCCGGUAGUGGCGGACCUGAUGUCCCUCCCGAUGCCGACGAUCGCGGCGGUGACCGGCCAUGCCGCUGCAGCCGGGAUGAUCCUGGCGAUGAGCCACGACUACGUCCUCAUGAGGAGCGACAGAGGCGUGCUGUACAUGAGCGAGUUGGACAUAGGCAUGACCUUUCCGGACUACUUCACGGCGAUGAUGAGGUCCAAAAUUGGAUCGGCGGCAGCUCGGAGGAACGUGAUGAUGAAGGCGAUGAAGCUGCGAGCAGCGGAGGCGGUGGCCAUGGGGAUCGUGGACUCGGCGUACGAUAGCGGGGAUGCGACGGUGGAUGCUGCCGUGCGCCUGGGGGAGGAGCUGGCCAGUAGAAAAUGGGACGGCCAGGUGUAUGGAGAAAUACGGAAAUCUAUGCACCCGGAGCUAUGUGGCAUCCUAGGAUUGGCCGAUAAGCUCGUUAUAAUAGCCUCUUCAAAGCUCUGAUAUUUUCUCUCUCGAGUGCUUGUAUUACCACAACGGGGUGGUUCUAGAAUUGCAUUUGUCAUACUAUGUCAA